UCAGGACAUGCGCAGUAGAGGGACUGAAGCGCCCGCUGUCGACUUGGAAGUUCCGGGGAAGGAGCGCAUGCGUGAGUGUACGCGUUGCCGGCGAAGAGGGGAGUCUGACGACUCGGAAAUUUGAAUACCACAGUGGCAUGGAGUGUGACCUCAUGGAGCCUGACAUCUUGGAGUCGUUGGAAGAUCUAGGUUACAAGGGCCCCUUGUUGGAGGAUGGUGCCCUGUCUCAGGCAGUUGCUGCUGGAGCCAGUUCCCCCGAGUUUACCAAACUCUGUGCUUGGCUGGUAUCUGAAUUAAGAAUGCUCUGUAAACUAGAAGAAAAUGUACAAGCAACUAAUAGUCCAAGUGAAGCUGAAGAAUUCCAGCUUGAGGUGAGUGGGCUGCUAGGGGAGAUGAACUGUCCGUAUGUUUCACUGACAUCUGGGGAUGUGACCAAGCGCCUGCUCGUGCAGAAGAACUGCCUCCUUUUGCUCACAUACCUCAUCUCAGAACUAGAAGCUGCCAGAAUGCUCUGUGUGAAUGCUCCUCCAAAAAAAGCUCAAGAAGGAGGCGGUAGUGAGGUCUUUCAAGAGUUGAAAGGCAUAUGUAUUGCUCUAGGAAUGUCCAAACCUCCAGCCAAUAUAACUAUGUUCCAAUUCUUCAGCGGGAUUGAAAAAAAAUUAAAGGAAACGUUAGCAAAAGUUCCACCCAAUCAUGUGGGAAAGCCUUUAUUGAAGAAGCCAAUGGGACCGGCCCACUGGGAAAAGAUAGAAGCAAUUAACCAAGCCAUAGCCAAUGAAUAUGAAGUCCGGAGAAAGCUGCUAAUAAAACGUUUGGAUGUCACUGUGCAGUCGUUUGGCUGGUCUGACAGAGCUAAGAGUCAAACAGAAAAAUUAGCCAAGGUCUACCAGCCAAAGCGCUCAGUCUUAUCUCCUAAAAGUACUAUUUCUGUUGCCCAUCUUUUGGCUGCAAGACAAGACUUAUCAAAGAUUUUGAGGACAAGCAGUGGGUCUAUAAGAGAAAAGACAGCCUGUGCUAUUAAUAAGGUGUUGAUGGGCAGGGUGCCUGACAGAGGUGGUAGACCCAAUGAAAUUGAGCCUCCACCUCCUGAGAUGCCACCGUGGCAGAAAAGGCAAGAUGGGCCCCAGCAGCAAGCAGGAGGCCGAGGAGGAGGGAGAGGUGGUUACGAACAUUCCUCAUAUGGAGGACGAGGAGGAGGAGGAGGUCAUGAACAAGGAGGAGGGAGAGGUGGACGUGGUGGCUAUGACCAUGGUGGCCGAGGGGGAGGAAGAGGAAAUAAGCAUCAAGGAGGCUGGACAGAUGGAGGGAGUGGAGGGGGAGGCAGCUACCAAGAUGGUGGUUAUCGAGAUUCGGGUUUCCAGCCAGGUGGCUAUCAUGGUGGCCACAGUGGUGGCUACCAAGGCAGUGGUUAUGGCGGCUUCCAGACAUCUUCAUAUACAGGAAGUGGAUACCAGGGUGGUGGAUACCAGCAGGACAAUAGAUACCAAGAUGGUGGGCAUCAUGGUGAUCGAGGUGGUGAUCGAGGUGGUAGUCGUGGUGGGAGAGGUGGUCGCGGAGGCCGGGGUGGUCGUGGAGGCCAGGGAGGAGGGUGGAGCGGAAGGGGAGGACAGACUUACCACCAGGGGGGUCAGUUUGAACAACAUUUCCAGCACGGUGGCUAUCAGUAUAAUCAUUCUGGAUUUGGACAGGGGAGACAUUAUACUAGUUGAGGCUACAGAACCUUACAUUUUGCAGGAGCUCAAGUAAUAGAAACUUAGUUUCGUAUGACCACAGGUGGCAGGCAGACUCCUGCUUGGCAUAAGCAUUUGCAGGUCUUCCAUCAGUUUUUUUUUUUUUCAAAUGGGAGUUACAGGAUGCGGUUUAUUUGAAAAAUACAUACAGCAUCUCUACUUUCUAUGAAAAAAACAAGUAAUUAAAGUUGCUUUUAAUUGACCAGUAGACUAAUUCCACAGUCAGAACAUGCAUAUUUUUUGAACAAUUUACUUGAAUAAAGUAGUUUGAAAAUGAGGAUUCACCUAGGCUUUUUUAGAUUUAUUACUGGGGAAUAUUCCUCAUAUUAACAGCCCAUUUAUAUAUAUUUUACAUAAAGAACUCUAAUGCCGGUCUUCUGAGAACAGUUCUGCCCUGAUUGGCAUUUUAUUCAGAGUCAGAGUCUGUGCCACCUUUGCUUUAUGAUAGAUUGGUUAGGUCAGUUCCUAUUAAAUGAGCUCUUUUGCAGAUAGCACAUUCAGUAGCCUUAUUCUGUUGAUGGAAUACUGUACCAUAUGCUCAACUCUGAAAACCUUGAACACAGCCAAAAUAAAGACUAUAAAAGCAAACUAAGUUGCGAAAUUAUAGUACACAUAGACAUUUAGUUAAGUAUAGCAACUCAAACUGACCUGCAUCCAUCCAAAACAAGUUCUUCCUUCAACCUUAUUUUUACUUGAAAUCUGCUAGAAGAAAUAGCAAACCGAAAUUUGUUUUAUGCACGAGUUAAUACCACUGGCUCAGCAAAUACAAGUUAGUUUGCUUUCGGCAGGAGACAAUUUUGUAAUGGAAGAAUGCACUACAGAGUAAGCUAGGUUUUUGCUUAGUGCGGAGGGAGGCCCUUUAUUAUUGCUGCAGAAAACAAAAGCCUGACUGAGCGGAUGUUUCACAUUCUCCUUUACUGAAACCUACGUGACAUGAUGCUUCUUGCUGGGUUUUUGUAUACAUAAACAUUGUCAAGCUGUGAAAGAAACUGGCUGGAGGUGUGCUUUGUGUGAAAGGUGAGCAAUAAAGUAUCUGUACGUUCUCGC